UUCAGUGAACCACCUUGAGUUGAUCGACAAUGAUAUGGCGCUGGCAAACGGUAACGACUUGAGGGUGUAUUUCCGAAAAGAUGAAGACUGCAGACCAAGAGAAAUUGAUCGAGUCUUGGAAAAUAUCACCACAACGAAGACCAGAGUUUUGUUCAGACUUCAAGAAGACUUGAGCGAAACUGUUCGUGAUGGAUCCGCUUACUACUUAGUUUAUGGUAACGCCAUACGACGUAUUUCUCUAUUUUAUAGUCCCAACCUCUAAUAUAUAACUAAGGUACACUCAGAAACUACUUUUUAAUUUACACCGCGUUCUGUUAUAUUUUUCCAGGAAACAAAGACGCCGGCAAAGCCAAACAAAAUCCAGAAAAUGUCUACUUAUUCUACGACGAUUUUUCCGACUCAAACCUGGAGAAAAGGUGGCAGAAAAACUGGGGCGAUAUUGAUGCAGAAAACGGUGUGUUGAAAUUAAAAACUGGCCAAACUCCAGACAAAAAUGCGGCUGGGAUUUCAAUUCUAAUUAAAGACGGCCAUGAAUGGGAAGAUAUCGAGGUAGAACUAGAUUUUAAUGAAAUAAAGAAUGAUGUCGCACCAGGGCCGCUUCUGAGAGUUCAAGACGCGAGGAUUCAGAGCACCACUGCUUGGUGGUUUGAAUAUGUAACAGGAACCAAAGGUUGUACCAUGCGACCAUACAAAAACAGCAAGGACGGAGGUUGGUUAUACCAGGGCACUUUAAAUGAACCGUUGCUCCAAGGAUCUUGGAAUCACGCUAAAUAUCGAGUAGUCGGUGACAGGUUUGUAUCUUAAGCUUAGUUUCCAUAUGGUCGUGUUGUAAUAGUCGUCAGAGUAGUGUUCGAGAUCAAUUGCAAAUGGAAACAUGUCACGCGACAUGCUGCAACAGUUGACGACAGUUACAACACAGUGUCCCUGAGAUAGAGUCGAGUUCUGUUGACAAAACUUUUGAGUAUCCAUACAGUAAAAUUCUAACGAACUUUGCAUGCCGCCCACAAAAAUUAGGGCUCAGAAGUAGUAAGUGCCCUUUUUAAAUGACUGCCCCUGCCACGCUGCUCCCUCUCCCCCCCCCCGCCCUGGAACAGCUUCAAACUGAUAGAGCUGUUCAGCAUAAGAUAUUUCAGUAUAAGAUUUAGCUCAUUUUUGCUGUCUAGGUUUUCGCACUGGGUGAACAAUCAGCUCCUUCACGACAAUGUAAAGGUUUCGACGCAGUGGAUGAUUACCAAAGGCACCUUGGGUUUGGGUUGUCAUAGCGGUCAAAAUGGAUGUUAUACAUUGUAUGAUAACAUCAAAAUAACAAAGUACAUCCCUGUUUUGCCAACUGUAUCUCUAGGUAAGUUCGUUGUAAGCGCCUCAUAAUUCUGCCUUCCUUCCGUCAUCUUCCAACUCGGCAGUCCCAUGUAAAUAAUUAGUUUGGUUUGACAAUGACCCUGAAAUAGAUUCGAAAUAUCACCACCAAAAUUUAUGUCUUGUUUUCUUAUAACUCAUAUAUUUAACAAUUUAGCGCUGAAAUUUCUGAUAUGGUGUAUUUUGGAACGGUACAAUUAAGUCCGACGUCAAAAUUAAUUGCCGAACUUGUGCGGUAUUUAAUCUUAUUAGGUUCGGAGCAUGAAAAAUUAAGCCUGUUUGACACUAUCAAAGUUUCUGUGAUCACAGUAUAUCAGUAGGAAUUUUGCAUAGGUAAAUUUGCAAGAAAUGUUCGAGGGAACCACUCAAUUAAAACUAGGUACUUAGUCCGUACUUAGAAUUUACCUGCUACCUUUUACCUGUCUCCUUCGCGCCCUAGGUGGCACAUAAGGCCUCAGCAGCUUUCCUCCAUUUCGUCCUGUCCACAGCAGUCACCCUCGCCUCAUUCCAUGAUCUCCAUCCAGCCUCGGCCCUUUCUUUCUCCACUGUCCUGCGCCAUGUUGUUUUUGGCCUUCCCCCUUUCGUUUCCCUUCUGGUGCGGUCAUAGCCACAUUCAUGAGAUCAUAUCUGUCUUGCCGUAAAAUGUGUCCAAUCAUCUCCCAUUAUUUCCUCUGCUUCACGUCGCUGCUUAGCGAUCUGCAGUUUGCCUGCUUCCGAUAAUUUACCGAUAUAAAUUUCUACUAAUAUGGUAAAUCCAGAAAACCAGAUGUCCUGGGGGAACGGGGUUCGGUAUUUAAAUGUACUAACAUGUAUUUCUAUAGGGCCUGAAUGCAAAGUCGAUCUGAAGAAGUUCCACGGGUUGGGCACAUCGAAAGCGAAUCCUGCAACAUCGUGCAAGCAAAUACAUGAUAUAUUGUUGCAAGAUGGAAAACUGGAAAAUGGCUUGUAUUGGGUCAAGACAUCCGCUGAUCGCUCAGUACCGACUUACUGUGAUCUACUAAAUGGCGGGUGGACAUUAGUGGGAAAGGUCAGCGGUUUCGCCGACAAACUGUACAGGUUUUGGUUGAUAAAGAAUUAUAAUGUGGACGCAUUGGAUAGUCCUGCUUUGCCAAGGUAUAUACAUCGAGAUUCGAGAACAGCCGCCGAAAUCCGGCGUACUUUAUAACCAAAGGAAGACCGAAAAAACCGUGGCUAUAUAAGGUAUGCUAAAAUCCAGCAUACUUUAUAAUCACAAACCGUGGCUAUAGUCUAGGACCUGUACGCUAGAAUUGGUGGAAAACAAGCUUAUAAUAUUAGAUUUUUAUUUUUGUUUUUUUUAUUGUAGUAAAGUUGGCUGUAUUGAUGCGCGUUACCUAGCAACCUAUCACGCGUCAACUGUGAUGUUUUCCAGCGGUGAUAACGAAAAUGGUAUUGGUUCAAAGUGGGUACAAUGGCCUCUACCUCAAGGACGAGAGAGUGACAGCCUCUGGACUCACAGUGUUGGUAGAACUACUGUGUCCAAAGCCAGGAUGCAUCCUGUGACCGUGAAAGCCUGGAACGGGAAGGAACAGGUUUGAUAUACUAAUACUGAACAAAUUUGGCUUCAACUAGCAUUUCCGACAUUACCCUUGAGACCAUUCCAGCCAAUAUUGGAAAGUUAAUCCAUACAGACAAAUUAAGCUUGGGCUAUUUCUUCCAGGGCGGAAUCAAUGACUGCAGUAACUGAUACGUGCGAUAGUGCCCCAUUUACAGAACCAAAAAAGUAUUUCUUGAAUAAACGCCCUUUUUUGCUGGAAAGAAAGUGCCCUUUUUGCAACAGCUAGUAGGCCACUUCAGACAUUAUAAAGACUCCAUAUUUUCAAACAUUUUCGUUCGGCUCAUGAACGACAUAAAAUGGUUUGAUUUUGGUCAUAUACAAAAGUGCCCCUUUUGGUCAAUGCCCCUGCACUUUCGAAAUGCUUCCGAGGCCUCUGCUUCUCAGUUUGGACCGACAACUCUUGGAUUCACAUUCAUUCAUCCUUUUUCUUAUAGCCGUGCUUCCAAAACAAGUAUGGAAUCAUGCCGUUCCUCCAACAUGGCGGCUCGUAUCCUUCAGCUACAUACAACAAAGCGGGCAAUUCGAGGAAGAACGACUACUGCAUGUCUGUUGGCGUGCUGAAGACAGGAACAACUGCUGACGGAUGGACUCAGAAUGGCAAUGGAUAUGAUUCUCCUCGGAACAGUUCUGAUUGGGCAAAUUCGCAGAAAAACCAUGUAUCACCGUAUCUUACAGUGUGGUUAAAAUGAAGAUAUACAAAACAAUGAAUGAUUUCUAUUCAUGCACCGUUUUCUUAAUUAAUUUAACAUGAUUUCCAUUUUAAUCACGAAUAAAAAUAUUCCGUUAAAGGCAAGGGCAACAAAAUUUAAGCAUGUUUACACUGAAAGAACUCUGUAGAAAGAAGAUAUUUCAGUAAUUUAUUUGAAUGUAAAUAUGAUGACGUCACGCUGGGUAAACAUUUUGACAGUCCACAUUUUGACAGCUCAAAAAAUAUAUAUGCAAGAUUAUAGUCAAUGGAAUCAUCGAUACAAACUUAAUGAUUAUUUCGUCUAUUUUGAACAUAGGGCGUUAUGACUUUGGCGUGACUGCAAUCUUUGACAAUAUUUUACCAGCUUGUGCGUCAUAGAUUUGCAGGGUUGACAGAUUGAUGUCUUUGUUUCGAACAAAGAAAACAAAAGGUUAUGAUAAUAACAUUUGGCUUAUUUAUUCAGCAAUCUGGCAACCCUGAUAAAUUUGUUUAUUUGCAUAUCGAACAACCUGAAAAAUCUCAAGAACGAAAAAGAUUAAAAAUUAAAGUUGUGAAAUGACUUCUUAUAUAGUUUACAGUUUAACGAGUUCUUCCUGUAGAAACAGACUUGAAUUUCAUCACCAGUAGCCUUUAAAUUAUAGUAAAUAAAAUUAUAUACAAAUUAAGAUAUAACCACUAUUAUUUUUCACCCUGCUCGGUUUCUUUUGUUCUUAUCGCGAAUUAUAUUCAAUAUUCCCCUCUAAUCAAUUUCCCUCUAAUAAUCCCCUCUAAUAUUCACCUGCCUACGUGGCGAAAUGCCUUUGCAGCACAAAAAAUGAGAAAAAUCAACAUCACGAAGGCAAUACGGCAUUAAGAAUUAUUUCUAUUCUGACUCAUUAACGCGACCUCGCAAUGUGAAAAAUAAGUACGUAACGUUGUUUUGAGGCACCUCGGGGAUGUGUGUUUAUUCACCUCGGCGCUGCGCACCUCGGUGAAUAAAUCACAUAUCCCCUCGUUGCCUUAAAAUAACCUAUACAAACACUAUAAAUUGCAUGCUUAUAAUUUGUAUUUUAUACUAAGUUGCAAUAAAAUUUUCGAAUGCA